GUUCAUUGCUUGCCUCUCUCUCUCUCUCUCUCUCUUAUGAAAGAGGAAAGAGAGAAUUGAAGUUGUAGUGAUGAAAGAGUGAUGAAAGUUGCGGUAGACUCGGAUCCUGUCUCCCCAGGACUACGUUCCAAAUUUGUCUCUCCGAUAUCUCGCUCUUUUUUUAUUUAAUUUAAUUUUUAAGCUCAUAAAACCAUUGAAUCUCAAUCUCGCUCUCUCUCGAAUGGCUGACCACCAGUACGGUGUGCCGGAUCUCCGGCAACUGGUGGCCGGAAGAACCCAUUUCCAGGGAAUCCCACUUGCUACUGAACCCUUCUUUCUUCAAACCAGGACUCAUGGACCACAAAUCCACCACUUUCAUCAUGACUCCAUCAUAGCAGCAGCAGCUCAUUCUGGUGCUGAGGUAAUGCUGCCUUCUGGCUUUGUCCAGCUUGCUCAUCAUGACCAUUAUUGCACCAAUGCCAGUACAAUUCCUUCUACUACUACUACUACUACUAUAGCUAUAGAUGCUGCCAGUUCAGGUGCUGCAGCUUCAUUCUUUGGAGUGGAAAUGGAGAAUGGGUGGAUUGGAAAUGAUGCUGGGAAUUAUAGUAGAUGGCCGAGGCAAGAGACUCUUACUCUUCUUGAGAUCAGAUCUAGGCUUGAUUCCAGGUUCAAGGAGGCUAAUCAAAAGGGUCCACUAUGGGAUGAGGUUUCUAGAAUCAUGGCUGAGGAACAUGGUUACCAGAGAAGUGGGAAGAAAUGUAGAGAGAAGUUUGAGAACUUGUACAAGUACUACAAGAAAACUAAGGAAGGUAAAGCUGGAAGACAAGAUGGGAAGCAUUACAGGUUCUUUCGCCAGCUUGAAGCUCUUUAUGGAGAAACAAGCAAUAAUCAAACUUCAGCUUCAGAAACCCAUUUAAUUAAUAAUUCCACUUCUUUUCUUUACCAAACACCAACAAGCCUCACAAUUAACCAAGAAAAUCAAGAAGGCUUGCAAGAAAACAAGCACAGUGAUCAGAGUCUAAGUUUCUCUAACACAUCGGAAUUCGAGACUUCUUCUUCAGAGAACAAUGAUGAUGAUCUUUCUGCUAUUGCCUACAUGAUGAACAGAUCGAUUGAGAAACAGAAAGGGUUAACUGAAAGCCAAAGCUAUACGAGGGCUAAGAAGAAUUGGAAAACCAAGGUUAAGGAAUUUGUAGACUUGCAGAUGAGGAAGUUGUUGGAAAGACAAGAAGUUUGGAUGGAGAGAAUUUUAAAGACCAUUGAAGAUAGAGAACAAGAGAGAAUGUGCAAAGAGGAAGAGUGGACGAAGCAAGAAGUGGCUCGUUUAGAUCGGAUACAUGAAUUCUGGGCUAAAGAAAGGGCAUGGAUUGAAGCUAGAGAUGCUGCUUUAAUGGAGGCUUUGAAGAAACAUGCAGGGAAAGGAUUAGAACUACUGCUGCCAUCAUCAACUUCAGUUGAUGAGCAAAUAGCCAUAGCAACUCAAAGCCACUACAGAAACCAGGAUCGACAUGCUAAAAAGAAUGGCAUUGAUGAGAUGAAUACCAUGAGAUGGACGGAGCCAGAGAUUUUUAGCUUAAUACAAAUCAUAACAAGCGUGGACCCAAGAUUCCUAGAAAGUGGGCAUUCAAAAGCAGGUCUGUGGGAGGAGAUAGCAGCAAAAAUGCAUAGCUUGGGGUAUGGCAGGAGUGUGGAUGAGUGUAAACAGAAAUGGGGGAAUAUGAACAUCUAUUUUAACAUGACAGCAACAGAGUGUAACAAGAAGCGUAAAGAGGAUUUGAGAACCAGCAAUUAUUUCCACCCACUUGAUCCCUAUAAUGACCAAGAAAUGGCCAAACUUGAGACCUUGAACUCACCUUCAUCAAAUUCUUGUGUGAGAGGAGGCUGCUUUAAUCAACAUCCAAUAAAUGGAGGAGACCACUUGUGGAACGAUUAUGGCUUGAAGCUGAGUAAAGAGAAGAAUCAGCAACUUUAGCACAUGCAGAAAAAAGUAAAAGAAAAGAAAUCUUCAGUUACCUCUUUCAUUAGAUGUGUAGAUUUAACUUCUUGAUGAUAAGAAGGUAACAGUUAUUGUAAUGUGUGUCCUUCUGGGAUAUGGGUUUGUUUAUUUGUGUAAGUGAAAAGUUAAAUUAA